GUCAAUUCGUGCAGUUUUGACAGCGGAGUGGUGCGAAGAAAAAUUGUGGCAAGCCUUGUGUUGUGUGAAAAAACGCUUUAAUUGACAUUAUCUGUACAUUUUUGCACCCAACUCCGCCCCAAGUGCCCCCAAGAGUCUCCCUAGAUUCCAAACAUAGUACUAAAAGUGCGCAAUUGCUGGAAAAUAGGGUGAAAAUAGACACUUUUUCAAAAGUGAAUUUUGUCAUCUGCGUCGCAUCCAUAAACAAAAGUCAGCUGCUAGGUGUUUGUUUGUGGGCAGACAAAAUACAAUAAAUUUUCGUGGAUUGUGGCAAUAGUGAGACUCUGGUGCUGGACGCAAGAAAAGAAAGGUGUUUCUCGUGCAAUCGUAUGAUAUAUUCAGUGAAGUCACUUUUAUCAACCUACCACCACUUGCUCUCUCUGUCGCACACGCAUUCCCACGGAGAUUCCGUGAGACGGAGAAAGGUCGGGGCGACUCCAGGAACCAGGGCACAAUUCUCGGAAGAAUAAUGGAUCUACUGGGCAGGAAGGAGAAAGAGGAGGAGGCAUUUAUCGUCAACUUCAACCAAGAUUGCUCGUCACUCUUUGCCGGAUACAAAAAUGGCUACAGUCUCUUUUCCCUGUCUUCCAUUGAUACAAUGCUCGAGGAGAUCUACAGGAGCAACAGUGAGGAUAUUCGUUUGGUUGAACGGCUCUUCAGUAGCUCCCUGGUGGCCAUUGUAGCCCUCGAUCAUCCCCGGAAGCUCAAGGUCUGUCACUUCAAGAAAGGCACAGAAAUCUGCAAUUACUCAUACUCCAAUACGGUGCUGGCCAUCAAGUUGAACCGAGCACGCCUGGUGGUGUGUUUGGUGGGUAGUUUGUACAUCCACAAUAUUCGGGACAUGAAAGUAGUCCACACGAUCCGGGACACACCGCCAAAUCCCAAUGGACUGUGCGCCCUGGCGCCCAGUUCUGACAAUUGCUAUCUGGCGUAUCCGGGUAGUGCUACUGUGGGUGAAGUGCAGAUCUUCGAUGCGGUGAAUCUACGCGCCAAGAUCAUGAUUCCGGCGCACGAUUCGCCUCUAGCGGCUAUCGCUUUCAGCAUUUCCGGCCUGGAGGUGGCUACAGCCAGUGAAAAAGGGACUGUGAUUCGUGUUUUUUCGGUUAAUGAUGGAUCGAAACUGUAUGAGUUUCGACGGGGUGUCAAGAGGUGCGUGUCGAUAGCAUCGCUGUCAUUCAGCACGUGCUCCAACUAUCUGUGCUGCAGCUCAAACACAGAGACUGUGCACAUUUUUAAGCUGGAACGUCCAUCACCUGAUGCCAAGGACACUGUGCAAACGGACGAUUGGAUGGGGUACAUCAGUAAAGCCGUGACCAAUUUCACCAAUAUGGCACUGCCAUCGCAUGUAACGGAUGUCUUCACGCAGGGCAGGGCUUUCGCGUCGGCUAUUUUGCCGGUGGCUGGACUUAAGCACUCCUGUGUUAUCACGACCAUCCAGAAGCAACUCAGACUCCUGGUGGCGUCAUCGGAUGGGUAUGUGUACGUGUAUUCAAUCUCAAGUGUGGAAGGUGGUGAGUGUCAGUUGGUGAAGAAGCAUGAUUUGAGGAACAUCGAGAAUACCCCACCGCCCAAGCCUUUUGUCACCGAGGGCGUCCCAAUGGUCGUGCCACCGGCCACACUGCCGCCCGGACCCAGCUACGCCUCGGCACUCAAGGGUAAUUUGAAUGAUGUUGCUAAGACGGUACCCCCGGCAGAGCAACAAUAGAUGUUGGAGGCUGAAAAGUGGAAGGUGGUCAUGAGCGCAUCUUGUUGGCUCCCUGAUCACCCCUUUCUCGCUCUCUGGGUGGACGCUAUAUACAUAUAUAUCUAAUAGAGAUGAUAAUCUCAGUGUGUUGUCUAUCAACUCCAUUUAUCAUCAAACAUUUUUGUUUCAUUUUUUUUAAAUUUUUUUUUGUUUCUUGGAUAAUUUAUUAAUCUCUCUCUAUAUUUUUUCUUCUUUUCUUCCCUUUUUUCUCUCUUCAACAGAUAAACCAGAAUAGCUAUGAGACAAUUCUUUACCAUUUUAGAGACACACUCUGACGCAAUGAAAUCGCUACCACUUCUUCUUUUUGUAUAAUGUUAAAGAUUAAAAAAAAAAGAAAGAAAAAGAAAAGAAACACAUUUUCACGAGAAAUACAAAUGUGAAAAGUGUGUAAAAAAAAGAAGUUCAGAGAGAAGUAGUUAUUCGAAUUCAAAAAUAUUUUAGAGAUGCUGAAUGAAGAAUGAGAUAAAUGUUCGUGAAAAUAGUUUUUAAAAUGAAAACUGAGAUACAAAAUAUAUUUCUUUUCAAUUUAGUUUAUUUUUUCUGUAAAUAAAAUACCUCUCUUCUAAAUGCUACUGUCUCUGUCGUGUCGAAAACUUUCUGACGAAAGCUACAUUUUAGACAAAACAUUUCAAAAAAAAAAGAAACUAGAUAAGUUAAAUAUCAUUGUAACUGAUUUGAAGCUUUUUAUCGAGUCAGGAGACAAUUUUGAUGAGAACACAGAAAAUGUAGAUUUAUAAUAAAACAAAUCUAUGAAAAAAA